GGGGGUUGACCUGAGCCGAUCGAAACACAACUUUGCUUCAUACCAAGCUUCCCAGCAGCUCGCUGCGCCGGGAGAGACUUUUCCUCCUGCUGCAGAAGAAGAGAGAGGGAAGGGGAGGCUUUGCAUCCCCUCUUCCUUCUCCUGCGGGUUUGGUUGGGAUUUGGGUUUGUUUUGGUUUUGUUUUUUUUUUUUUCCUCUCUUGACUGCUUUGAUGCAUUAAUAGCAGGACACUGGUUUUCAAGGAACUUUGCUCCCAUCCCAACCUGCCUCCUCCCAGCCCUUUGGGAAGAGUGUGCGUGAGCGUGAGUGUGUGAAAUCGCCGUCCCACCUCCCGACCUCCCCCCCCCCACCCCGCUCCCCCACGCCUCCCCCUGCAACCUGUAGCCUGUGCAACCCCUGCGGGCUUUUCUCCCUUCCCCCCCCCCUCGCCUCCUUCCCUCCCCCUCUUUUUGCGCUCCUGCGGAUCGCAGUGCGAAUUUCCCCUUUCGAAGCGAGAAAAAGCUGAAAGAAGGAGAAAAGGGGGGAGGGAAAAAAAAAAAAACAGACAAAAAGCAAUUCAGUCGCCCCCCCCCGCCCCCCCACGCGUAAAGAAAAGCGGGAGGGUCUCGCACCCCGAGAAUAAACCCCAGAGCGGGGCGCCUGCGAGCAGGGGCAGCGCUUUUCUCCCUUUCUCCUUUUUUAUUUUCUUUUUACAUUUUUUGACAUUUUGAUUUUUUUGCCCCCGAAGGGGCAAGCGGGAAGCAAGCGCCGCCCGCCCCCGCCCCCCCGGCGGCAUCCCCCCCGCUGCCCGUCCCGCAGCAUCCCCGCCGCGAUGCUGCUGCGGCUCCUGGUGCUGCUGGGCGCCUGUCCGGGGCUCUCGCGGUGCCUGGGCUCCUUCGUCCAGUGCGAACCUUGCGACGGGAAGGCUCUGUCGCUCUGCCCGCCGCCGCCGCUCGGCUGCGAGCUGGUGAAGGAGCCGGGCUGCGGCUGCUGCCUCACCUGCGCCCUGCCCGCCGGGCAGCCCUGCGGCGUCUACACCGAGCGCUGCGCCCGCGGGCUCCGCUGCCUCCCGCGGCAGGGCGAGGAGAAGCCGCUGCACGCCCUCCUCCACGGCACCGCCGUCUGCCUCAGCGAGAAGAGCUACCGCGAGCAAGCCAAGGCCGAACGGGAGUCCCGGGAGCAUGAGGAGCCAACCACAUCAGAGAUGACAGAGGAGACCUACCCUCCCAAGGCCUACCGGCCCAAGCACGGGCGCCUCUCCGAGCUCAAAGCUGAGGCCCUGAAGAAGGACCGCCGGAAGAAGCUGACCCUGGCCAAGUUUGUGGGCAUGGCGGAGAACACGGCACACCCUCGCGUCGUCAUCCCUGAGCUCCGGCAGGAGUUCGAGCUGGGCCCUUGCCGCAGGCACAUGGAGGCAUCCCUGCAGGAGCUCAAGAGCAGCCAGCGGAUGGUGCCCCGUGCUGUCCACCUCCCCAACUGCGACCGAAAAGGCUUCUACAAGAGGAAGCAGUGCAAGCCCUCCCGAGGCCGGAAGCGUGGGUUGUGUUGGUGUGUGGAUAAAUAUGGCAUGAAGCUGCCGGGGACCGACUACCUGAGCGGAGACCUGCAGUGCCACGCGUUUGACAGCAGCAACGUGGAGUGAAGUCGCAUCCCCUCCCUCCGCCCCAUCACUACCUACCCAGGCUCCCUUCCACCCUCCCCUCCGCACCUCCCUGUGCCCCAGGACUCCGAUUCCUUUCAUCUCAUGCAAGAAGAAAAAAAGAAAGGAAAAGAAAAAAGAGUAAGAAAGGAAAAGGAAAAAAGAGAAAGGGAAAGAAAAAAGAGAAGUAAAGAAAGGAAAAGCAAAGAGGAAAGAAGGC